AUGGAGGAUUUUAAUGGAACAUUACUCAAUGAGUUCAUCCUUACAGGAUUCACCAUUCAGCCAUUGCUACAGAAAUUCCUCUUUGCCUUUGUCUUCCUCUUCUAUGUUCUUGAUGUUUUUGGUAAUCUCACCAUAGUUUCCUUGGUGAUCAGAGAUCCUUCUCUACAGUCUCCAAUGUAUUUCCUGCUUGGUAACCUUUCCUUUUUGGACAUGCUAUUUUCUUCAGUGACAGUCCCAAAAUUGAUGGUUGGAUUCCUCAUGGAGAACGCCAUUGCCUUUAAAAGUUGUAUCACUCAAAUGUAUUUCUUUCACGGUCUGGGAUGUACAGAAGGUGUCCUCCUGGCUGCUAUGGGGUAUGACCGAUACGUUGCUAUCUGUCACCCACUACGAUAUGUGAGCAUAAUGAGGAGGUCUACUUGUAUUAUACUGGUUUUGACGUCGUGGUUUACUGGUUGCAGUACUGCUCUAAUUCAUGCUAUUAUGGCAUCUCAGCUUCCAUUCUGUAACAUCAAUAGAAUCAAACACUUUUUUUGUGAUGUGAAGCCGGUAAUAAAGCUGGCCUGUAAAGACAUCCAUGUGAAUGAGGUCACCUUGGUCACAGUUACUGGCUUUUUAAGCACAAGCACCUUUUCGCUCACCAUACUGUCCUACAUUUAUAUCAUCACUCACAUCCUCAAGAUAAAAUCAUCAAAAGGAAGAUCCAAGGUGUUCUCAACAUGUUCCUCACACUUGACCAUUGUCAUCUUGUUUUAUGGGACAGCAAUGUGCACUUACCUUGGCCCUGCUUCUGAAACUUCACUGGAAAAAGACAAGGUUGCUGCCAUAUUGUUUACAGUUAUUACCCCAACAUUGAAUCCAAUUAUUUAUACUUUAAGAAACAAAGAAGUCAGGAAUUCUGUGAGAAAACUCACUCAUAAGUUAAAUGUCUGUAGAUUUUGUCUAACAGCUUCAUGUCCUUCAGAAAAAGUACAUAGGUAA